CUCUCGUUUUGCGUUUCAUGCAAAAACAGCAAAACCCGGAUUUCGAGGCCCUUCUUUUCAGUCUCUCCUUUUUAUAUAUAGAUUUCUCCGCCACUGUCAGUUUCAUCACUCACUUUACUCUCUCUCUCUCUCUCACUCACUCCGAUGCCCACUAUCACUGUGCAAAGUAUUCGCUUAUCUUUAUCACAACAUAACCGCCUGUAAGCUUUAGCUCCGGUGCCGGAACAAUCAGAGCUCCGAUCAUCCAUCUCUGCAGAGGAGCAAGUUCCCUUUGAGACGAUGAAGCUUUGAGUCCAGCUUGAUUUUGUUUCAGAAGGUUGCGUUUUUUACCACAUGAAGAAAAAAAAGUCUACUUUUUAAUUUUGUUGCAUGUAAAGAUACGACAGACUUGACAUCAGAAUGAAGAUAAAGAAGAGGCAUCUGUAUCGAGCUAAGCAUCCAUUUGAUGCUCAUCUCUUUGAGGCUCUUUGCUGUGGAUCAUGGAAAGGUGUGGAACUUCUAAGAAUUAGCAAUGGAACUAUGAACAUGAAAUUCAUAGACCAUCCAUGUGUGAUUCAGGAUAAAGGUCCAUUUGCCAACCUUCGAAUAAAAUCAAGAAGAGCAACUUUAUAUGAUUGCAUUUGCUUGUUGAGGCCUGGUGUGGAUAUCUGUGUGCUUUCAAACUCUGAUCAUACAGAGAGUUCGGAUAAGGAAAGGCGAGAUCCGGUGUGGGUUGAUGCUAGAAUAAGUUCUAUCGAAAGGGAGCCUCAUGACUCUCAAUGCUCAUGCCAGUUUCAUGUCAACUUUUAUGUUAACCAAGGACCUCUUGGUUCAGAGAGAGCAACACUUAAAAAAGAAACUGAAGUUAUUGGAAUUGAUCAGGUUUUCAUCUUGCAAAGGCUUGAUAGGAAUUCUUGUAAAAAUCAGUACUACCGUUGGGAUCGCUCUGUGGACUGCUCUACUCUGCCAAACACUAAAUUGUUAUUGGGGAAAUUCUUAUCCGACUUGUCAUGGUUGCUUGUUACAUCUUCCUUGAAGCAGAUUGUAUUUGAUGUAAGAUCAGUGCAGAACAAGAUUGUGUAUCAAAUUUCUGGUGGUUAUGAUGACACAACUCCAUCAAACUCUGAAAACUCUUUUAAAGCUGUGAAUUUCGGAGUAGAGAAUGGGAUCCCGGUACCUAUAAUAGUUCAGUUGGUUCCAGAUGAUGCUAUUGGGGGUGAUCCUACUUGUGACAUGCAUGAAGAUAGACCAUCUCCAAUUUCUGAGGUUCCAGAAUUGCGGCGUUCCAAGCGUCGAAAGAUACAACCUGAUCGUUUCCUUGCAUGUGAUGCUCCCUCUGAGAUACAAAUAGGCCCCAUUCGAAGCAGGCCAUAUAAGAUAGAUCAAUCCCAAGAUGAUUCUGAUGACGAAUUGUACUUACCACUGUCAUACCUGUUUCGUAAGAAGGCAAGCAACUCUUUGGAAGAGGAUAGUACUGAGGCAGAGCAAAAUGCUGGUUCUAAGAGGAAGCGAUCAAAUCCCAGUGACAAUGAUGAUCUAUUUGAAUGCAAAGAAAGCAAGAUUAAGUGGAUGAAAGUGAAAUCAGGUGUGGCUAAAAAUAAGACGAAGAAACAUCGAGCUGAUCAACUUGCCAUUGUUCCUGCGUCUGUCAAAAGUGAUCAGCUAACCCUUGGAAACUUCCCUCCAAAUGCCAAUGGUCCUGCAAAUCGUUCAAAAGAAAGUGGUGAAUUUCCUACCAAGCAUUAUUAUCGUUUCAGUACUUCUAAAGCACAGAAACAGAAAAGAAACAAAAUUGCUGGCUUGGAAGACAUGGAUGUUCAAACUAAAUGGGAUGGGGGUGCAUCCUCUAGUAGAUUUCCGAGAAGAGGCUAUCAUUACGCAUAUCAUCAUCCCUCUAUACGAUCAAAAAGGACGGAUCGGUAUACUGGAGCUUAUUCAAAGAGGUCAUUAAAUGCAGGUGCAUACAAGGAGCUGAUAAAUAAGUUCUUGAAAGACAUGGAUUGCUCAAACAAGCAAGAACCAAACAUUAUGGACCAGUGGAAAGAUUUCAAGGCAAACAAGAACUCUGACCAAAAGGACGAAACUGAAAUGCCAGAAGAUGAGGAGGAGGAGGAAAUGUCUGAGGAGGAUAUGUUGUGGAAAGAAUUUGAAUUAGUAAUGGCAUCAUGUUAUCUUCUUGGUGAUGAGGAAUCAAAUGGUGCUGCUUCAGGUAAAUUUGCACAAAAGUCAGGUCCAGGUUGCCAGCAUGACUUCACUCUCGAUGAAGAAAUUGGGCUUAAGUGCAUUAUAUGUGGCUUUGUGAAGACUGAAAUCAAACAUGUUACACCCCCCUUUGUGCAAAACCCAUAUGGGUUCACAGAUGAUAAAAAACCAAAUGAAGAAGAUCCACCACCAGAUCCUAAAAGAGCUGAAUAUGAGGAGUUCGAUUUCUUCCACAAACGUGAUAACCCUGUGGAUGAGCAUAUUUCAGAAGAAAAUGACAAUGUUUGGGCUUUAAUUCCUGAACUUAGAAAGAAACUGUUAUUCCACCAGAAGAAGGCUUUUGAGUUUUUAUGGAAGAAUAUUGCAGGAUCUAUGGAACCAGCAUUGAUGGAAAAGAAAUCCAAGAGAAAUGGUGGCUGUGUUAUAUCUCAUACUCCUGGAGCUGGGAAAACUUUUUUGAUCAUUGCAUUUCUUGUUAGCUACCUGAAGUUAUUCCCUGGAAAACGACCUUUAGUCCUUGCUCCAAAGACAACACUCUACACCUGGUACAAGGAAUUCAUUAAAUGGAAGAUCCCUAUACCGGUUUAUCUAAUUCACGGUCGUAGAACCUAUAGAGUGUUUAGGAAUAAGUCAGUAACCUAUACAAGAGGCCCGAAGCCAACUGACGAUGUGAUGCAUGUUCUCGAUUGCCUAGAAAAGAUACAGAAGUGGCAUGCACAACCUAGUGUUCUUGUCAUGGGGUAUACUUCUUUCCUAACAUUGAUGCGUGAAGACUCAAAGUUUGUCCACAGAAGAUUUAUGGCUCAAGUCCUGAGGGAAAGUCCAGGGCUCCUAGUUCUAGACGAAGGGCACAACCCCAGAAGUACCAAAUCAAGGUUGAGGAAAGGAUUGAUGAAAGUUGAAACUGAUUUGAGAAUAUUGCUUUCAGGUACUUUGUUUCAGAACAAUUUCUGUGAAUACUUCAACACACUUUGUUUGGCAAGGCCGAAGUUUGUGAAUGAAGUUUUGAAGUCAUUGGACCCAAAAUACAGAAGGAAAAAGAAGGCAUUGAAAGACAAAGCACGCCAUUUGAUGGAAGCUCGAGCCAGAAAGUUGUUCUUGGAUAAAAUUGCCAAGAAAAUUGAUUCAAAUGAAGAAGAAGAUCAGAGGAUCGAAGGUCUCAACAAGCUGAGAAAGAUAACAAACAGAUUUAUAGAUGUGUAUGAAGGUGGAAAUUCAGACACCCUUCCCGGUCUACAGAUUUACACCUUGCUGAUGAAUACCACUGACAUUCAACAAGUGAUUUUGGAUAGACUGCAACAAAUAAUGUCCAAGUACAAAGGGUAUCCCUUGGAACUAGAACUUUUGAUCACUCUUGGAUCAAUACAUCCUUGGCUAAUCAAAACUGCAGCUUGUGCUGAUAAGUUCUUUAGUCCCCAAGAACUGAUGGAGCUUGAGCAAUACAAGUAUGAUUUGCACAAAGGGUCAAAAGUCAAGUUUGUUUUGAACCUGGUUUACCGUGUUACUCGGAAAGAGAAGGUCUUGAUUUUCUGCCACAACAUUGCACCUGUGAGACUGUUUCUAGAAUUGUUUGAGAGGGUCUUUCAGUGGGAGCGAGGCAGAGAAGUUUUGGUUCUUACCGGGGAUCUGGAGUUAUUUGAACGUGGAAAGGUUAUGGACAAAUUUGAAGAACCAGGUGGAGCCUCAAAGGUUCUGCUUGCAUCUAUCACUGCUUGUGCUGAAGGCAUUAGUCUGACAGCUGCAUCUAGGGUUAUCUUGUUGGACUCCGAAUGGAAUCCUUCCAAGACGAAGCAAGCUAUAGCACGAGCUUUUAGGCCUGGUCAGCAAAAGGUUGUGUAUGUUUAUCAGCUAUUGGCAACAGGAACGCUCGAAGAAGACAAGUAUAGAAGGACUACUUGGAAAGAAUGGGUAUCCAGCAUGAUAUUCAGUGAGGCAUUUGUGGAGGAUCCUUCUCGCUGGCAAGCUGAGAAGAUUGAAGAUGAUAUAUUGAGGGAAAUGGUGGGUGAAGACAAGAGUAAAGCAUUCCAUAUGAUCAUGAAAAAUGAAAAGGCUUCAACACAUACUUCAUAGAGGCAUAACUACUGUAGAAGGUGCUACAAGACGUGUUCAAAAGACGAAAGCUUCUGUCUGUCUGGAACAGUUAUAGCAAGAAGCAGUGCAGAUUUGGGGCUAAAAGCAGCUAAUGGCUCCUGCUGGGACAAACAAGCUAAGCCUGAAGAGAAACACUUGGCCCUGCCUAAUGUCAAAGACAGGAUAAAGUUGCUUAAUGAGUUCAAAACCCAGGUCUCUGCACAAACAAGUUUCUUCAACUUUCAAUGUUGUUGUCAUCUUUUCUAGUUUUCUUUUGGUUGACCUUGCGUUGUUAUUCUUUUGAACAAAAAAAAAAAAAAAAAAAAACUUGUGUUGUUGUAGUUUUCGAAGAUAAUGGGUUUUAUGUGUUUGCCGAAAUAUCCAUAUAGGUGGUCUGCUAGAACUUAAAAGUCCUAUUGACAUCAAAUACAUGGGCGCAUAAGUUAGCCUUUAGCUGAAGAAAGCUGAUGGGGGUGGGUUGGGAUGAAUCCUAGCCUCCUGGGUUCCAAACUUACCAGAAAUUAUGGGCAGAACUGAUGCACCAUGUAAAUGCUGAUGCACGACAAUGUGUCCGUGAUUUAACUGUCAUAACUGAAAGCGUUAAUCUGAAAUGGUUUUCUUCUUUUCACUUUCA